UCAGCGAACAGACCGUCGCGUGCGUCACGUUCUCUGACCUUAAUUUGUUGGUGUAUUUUUUCUGAGAGCGACGGCUGCUGGCGGCGCCAUAUUGAAAGAAGAACAUUGUUGUGUUAAACGGCAGAAUCAUCAAUUUCACCAUCAUGCUGUACCUGGAAGACUAUCUCGAGAUGAUCGAGCAGCUACCCAUGGAUCUUCGCGACAGGUUUACGGAAAUGAGAGAGAUGGACCUGCAGGUUCAGAACGCUACAGAUCAGCUGGAGCAGAAAGUGAUUGAGUUCUUCAUAAAUGCAAAGAAGAAUAAACCAGAGUGGAGGGAAGAACAGAUGGAGGUUAUCAAAAAGGAUUAUUACAAAGCUCUGGAGGAUGCAGAUGAGAAAGUUCAGCUAGCCAAUCAGAUUUAUGAUUUGGUGGACCGUCACCUACGGAAACUGGACCAGGAACUGGCAAAAUUUAAAAUGGAGUUGGAGGCUGACAACGCUGGCAUCACAGAAAUCCUGGAGAGACGCUCUUUGGAGAUGGACAGCCCUUCUCAGCCAGUUAACAACCACCAUGUCCACUCUCACACCGCAGCUGAGAAGAGGAAGUACAGCGCUCCCACUCACCACACCACAGAACACGUUCCAGAGAAAAAGUUCAAAUCUGAGGCUCUGCUUUCCACGCUCACGUCAGAUGCCUCCAAGGAGAACACACCAGGCUCUCGCACCAACAACACGUCCUCGUCCACCAACAACGUCUACAGUGUAAAUUCCUCUCAGCCUUUGCCUUCCUACAACCUGAGCUCCCUGCCUGCGGGAGCUGGAGCUGGUGCCGGGGCCAUUACCAUGGCUGCAGCCCAGGCUGUACAAGCCACAGCACAGAUGAAGGAGGGCAGGAGGACGUCCAGUCUGAAAGCCAGCUACGAAGCCAUCAAAAACAACGACUUCCAGCUGAGCAGAGAGUUCUCCCUGCCUCGGGACAACACAGGAUACUCCUCUUCUGCCCUGGCCUCCACCCUCACUCAGACACUCACACCCAACACCACCUCUGACUCCAGGGGUCGCAAGUCCAAAAGCAACAUCAAGUCUUCCAAUCAUCAGUCGUCGUCCUCCUCCUCCUCUUCGUCCCUGUCAUCGUGUUCCUCCUCGUCAGCACUGGCGCAGGAGCUUUCCCAGCAGGCGUCGGCGCUACCGGAGGCUGAGGCCAACAGUCAGGUGGAUUGGACCUAUGACCCCAAUGAGCCCCGCUACUGCAUCUGUAACCAGGUCUCGUAUGGAGAAAUGGUCGGCUGUGAUAAUACAGAUUGUCCCAUUGAGUGGUUCCACUAUGGCUGUGUGGGUCUGACGGAGGCACCAAAGGGGAAGUGGUACUGUCCUCAGUGCACAGCUGCCAUGAAGAGGAGAGGCAGCCGCCACAAAUAAACUCCACCCUGAUGGAUGUCAACGGCUUUCAUUGAGCUAAACCAGACGCUUUGGGGUCAGAGGCCGGUGAAGGGCAGGAUAAGGCUAGAGAAGCCUUCAUCUUUAGAGCUACGGAUGUGCGUUAAAGAAAACAUUUGAAUUCUGAGAUUAGUCAGAAGUCUGAAUAAAGUACGUCCUUAGCUUCAUUCCUUCUGUAAAACCCACACACACUUGAUCAGAAGUUGAAACUGUCCUCAUUUCCUGUUGCUGUUAAUGACUUCACUCGAGCCUUCUGAUCCACGACGCACAGCAAACAUUUAACUUCAUUAAAACAUGAAAUAUCGGAUUUUAAUAAGAGGCCAAACUUUUUUUUUGUCAUUAUCUCAAUAUUUGAUGUUUUUCUGUUGCUCAUUUUGUCGGGGGGUCCUGAUCCUGGUCCUGCUGGUUUCCUAGCUCUCCCUGCCAUAGUUUGAGAACUAGCAGGACUGUGGCCUGGACCCGAGCAGCCCGCCUCUGGUCAGAAACUAACACUGGACACACAAAGCUACACCUUUAUGUUAAAUUAUGGCAAACUGAAAUCCAACUUUAGCCAGUUGUUGCUUAAUUAUAAACAUCAUUCGCAAAAAAUCAGUUUUACUUUAACACCAGACUGGACAGAAAUUCUGGCUUCUUCCUUUAAAAUCUGAAGAAUUUAAAUCAGAAUUGUUGUGAAUUAGAUUUUUAAUGUAACAGUUUGAGUCUUCUGAAUAUUCACUCUCAAAGUUUUUGUUGAUGUAUGACCACCAUGUUUAGUCCCAAGUUUUAAUCCUCAUCUGCUUGUUUUCCUUGUUGGAACAAAGCAUCUCUAAACUUACACCAAACUGAGGUUUGUGUCUGUGUGUUCAGUCAUGCUGCGCUGAUGUUUGUUUCCAGGAAUAUUUAAAAAAAAAAGUUAAAUAAAAAGCUGAUGUUUUGUUAAA